UUCUACCGUCAUUCACGCUGCGCACUUCGAGCCGGCCGGCGCUUCAGUAGUUCUCUCAGUUCAGAAAACGAGUUGAAACAAGGGACUCGUGCCGCGCGCAUUUCCGUUCCGUGUGAAAAGUAAAAGCGAAGGAAGGAAUAACCAUGAGGGAAAUUCUUCACCUGCAGGCUGGACAGUGCGGCAACCAGAUCGGCUGCAAGUUCUGGGAAAUUAUUUCUGACGAGCACGGAAUCGACCCUGUCGGACAGUAUCACGGCAACAGUGACCUGCAGCUGGACCGCAUCAACGUCUACUACAACGAGGCGUCCAAUGGCAAUUACGUGCCUAGAGCCGUAUUGGUCGACUUGGAGCCCGGCACCAUGGACUCGGCCCGAAGCGGACCAUUUGGCACCAUUUUCAGACCGGAUAAUUUCGUCUUCGGGCAGUCUGGAGCAGGCAAUAACUGGGCCAAAGGGCACUACACCGAAGGUGCUGAACUGAUCGACCAAGUGAUGGACGUGACUAGGAGGGAGGCUGAAGGCUGCGAUUGUCUGCAAGGGUUUCAACUAACCCACUCUCUUGGCGGCGGCACUGGAAGUGGUCUUGGCACACUCCUUCUCGCCAAAAUCAGAGAAGAAUAUCCCGACAGAAUUAUGAAAACCUACAGUGUAAUUCCAUCGCCAAAGGUGUCCGAAACAGUAGUUGAGCCCUACAACGCCACCCUCUCUGUGCACCAGUUGACAGAAAACACAGACGAGACCUUCUGUAUUGACAACGAAGCCUUGUACGACAUUUGCUUCAGGACGCUGAAGCUGACAUCCCCCACCUACGGUGACCUGAAUCACCUAGUUUCUAUCACAAUGUCUGGUGUGACCACGUGUCUUAGGUUCCCAGGUCAGCUGAACGCUGACCUGAGAAAGCUGGCGGUCAACAUGGUUCCUUUCCCAAGACUGCACUUCUUCAUGCCAGGUUUCGCGCCUCUGACCGCCAGGGUAUCUCAGGGAUACAGAGCCCUUACUGUGGCCGAGCUGACAACUCAGAUGUUCGACGCCAAGAAUAUGAUGGCAGCGUGCGACCCUCGCCAUGGAAGGUACCUCACCGUUGCCACGAUUUUCAGGGGCAAAAUGUCAAUGAAGGAAGUCGACGAACAAAUGCUGCAGAUGCAGAGCAAAAAUUCCGCCUACUUCGUCGAAUGGAUUCCGAGCAACGUGAAGGUGGCCGUGUGCGAUAUUCCACCGAGAGGACUGAAGAUGUCUGCCACUUUCAUUGGAAAUACCACCGCCAUCCAGGAAAUCUUCAAGAGAAUUUCGGAGCAGUUCACCGCCAUGUUCCGCAGGAAGGCCUUCCUUCACUGGUACACCGGCGAGGGAAUGGACGAGAUGGAGUUCACAGAGGCUGAGAGCAACAUGAACGAUCUCGUCUCCGAGUACCAACAAUACCAGGAGGUUGGUGCCUACGAGGAGAAUGAGUUUGAUGAAGAAGAGGAGCAGGUUGCUCAAGAGGCCGAAUAAGAUUGUCGAUUUUGGAUUUUAUAAUAUUUUGAAGAAAUUGAAACUAAUAAAAAUUAAUAAUUAUAUUUAUAUUUUAAGCCAUA